AACCGCUGCAUUUGGUAAGUCACCAGUUGCACUUACUCAUUCAUCACGGUGUUCUCUUUUAGACAGUGUUUUAGAUGUGGGGGCUAAGUCAAGACGUUAGUUUGUGCCGUGUGUGUGUGUGUGUUAAUGCAAGUGCACGCACACACAUUAAGCAGUAAAGCGUCAAUCAAUCACACAAUGUUUUGUCUAACAAACACAGAUCAAUACAGUUUGUUUCAAUCCCUUAAACAUGAAUUGAUGAGGUGUGUGUGUGUUAGCUGAGACUGUCUGAGAUGUGAAAAUCAAUCUACAUUAACACACACACACACACACUCUUGACUCUGCCGCCUGUAACCAUGACAACAGUCAUUACAGUUAUUACAUGACCACCUGAUGCCACUUGUUAAUAUUCUUCUUCUCAUCUUCAUCACUUCCUGUUCUGUGUGUGUGUGUGUGUGUGUUACUCAGUAAGUGGUGUGUGUUUCUAUGCCGGGAGACGAUCAGCCGCCUGCAGUGGAUCAAUGCAGGGAACAUCUAUAACUAGUCAUUAGUGUGUGUGUGUGUGUGUGUGCGUGUGUGUGCGUGCGUGCGUGCGGUGAUGAACAGGUGAAACAAGUGAGUAAAACCUUUUUAAUUGUUUUGCUUAAUUUCUUUUAAGCAUUAUUUCUGCAUUCCCUUAGAAUUAUUCUAAGAAACUUCCUGACCAGGCACUUCGGACUAGCUUUGCAUAGUGAUGAUGUCAUCCUUGAUGUGUGUGUUUGAAGGACUGUUAUUGAUUAGCGCCUUCGCUGUCCACUAAAUGAAUUAGAUAAGUGAAGCGUGGGUGUGUGUGGCCCCCCAGGGCUCAAUGAAGGGGGGAGGCGGGGCUCCAGGAAGGGGGCGGGGUCAUUCUGAGCAGCAGUGGCAGAGCCUCCCACAUUGAAGAAGAGCAGGGAGAAGAAAGCAGCAAGGCAUGGAGGGAAAGACACUUUUAUUUUGAAAUCUACUGCUCACAUACACCCCCCCACCCCCACCAAAAAUGAUGACCUUCAACCUGAUGAGGCUGUGGAUCCUGGGCAUCGUCAUGGUCAGAGCAGUCCAUGGAGCACGGGUGCUGAGUGGUCAGACGAUAUGUUUGGGCGAGGGCGUGCAUCCCUGCUACAAGAUGGCGUACUUCCACGACGUCUCGAGCCGCGUCGCCUUCAGGGAGGCAGAGUUGGCGUGUCACAUGGACGGUGGCUCGCUGCUCAGCAUCGAAAGUCCUUCCGAGCAGGAGCGCAUCGAACACCUGCUGCAGGAGUUGCACUCGGGAGCAGGAAGCGGAGCUGGAAUAGCAGAUGGAGACUUUUGGAUCGGUCUGACUCGGGUAGACGGCGAGGACCAGAAAGUGUCACUUGGCGUCACUUCCUGUCCACAGCUCUACAGGUGGACUGACGGCAGCAUGGCGUCCUUCAGGAACUGGUAUUUUGACGAGCCAUCCUGUGGUGGAGAAUCCUGUGUUGUCAUGUACCACCAGCCGACGGCACUUCCUGGAGUGGGUGGGGCUUAUCUCUACCAGUGGAAUGAUGACCGGUGCACCAUGAAGCACAACUUCAUCUGCAAAUAUCCACCUGAGCGCCACCUGGGGGAGGAACAUGGUGACACGGCUGGUGGGCAUGGCGCCGAAGCAACACAGGGUAGUGGUGAGCUGCUUCCACCUCAGGUCACCUUGGCUGGAACUUCAGGCAUGUUGCUGCUCUACAUCAUCAUUCCCACUAUUCCUCUCAUGCUGCUCAUCCUGGUGGCUGCUGGGAGUUGUUGUUUCCACGUGCUCAGCAGAAGCCCGUCCCGCACCAAGGUGGCUGUGAGACAAUCCAACCUGUGGAUCUCCAAGACGCCCAAAGCUGACGUCAUAGAGGCGUGACAUCAUCUGCCAGUGCCACAGCCGAACAUGCUUUGAACCAAUCAAGUGAAUGGGGUGGAGUCUGUGCUAAUCAAUCAAAACUAUGUGACGAGUGAAGGCAACUUUUUUAUUUGAUCUUUAUUGAUCAUCAAGAGCUAACAGCACAUCAAGCUAAUGUUUUGUGUACGUCAUGACAUCGUGUGUUAUUGAUCAGCAAGAGAUAAGUGUUGUCUUCAUUAAAACAUUCAGUGCUUCAGCCAGUCAGCUUCCUGAGUUCAACUGGCAAGUGAAAAAAAAUCUUUGGAAUUCAAGCAAAAAGUUGCGACAACUUUAAGCGUCACUGAGUGUACAGGAAGUAAGGGAGUUUAAGUCAGGGGGCGUAGACGCAUCACUCGCCACAAUCUCUUCCUGUUUGAAGCUAACAACCACAUCCCCGUCGAGGUCGUCAAACAGCACGGGCAUCUCUUCGUCUUCGCGUGGCUUCCCUAUGCCAUGCAUUCGCUUCUUGUGCUGCUGCAGGUUGCCUUGGCGAUUGAAGCGUGCGUGGCAAAUGUCGCAGCCGAAGGGUCGCUCGCCCGUGUGGAUGAUGAUAUGCCGAGCCAGCUGCGACCGGCACUUCUUAUCCUUGCCGCAAAUGUGGCAGAUGAAGGUCUGAGGCGGGCGGGCCCCAUCAUGGUGGACCACUCGUCUGUGUCUCUUGAGGUGGCUGAGGCGUCGGAAGCGUCGGCUACACAUGUCGCAGGCGUGGGGUCGCUCGUCACUGUGCACAGCGGUGUGGUUGGCCAGCAGAGACUGGAACUUAAACACCUUGCUA